AUGAAUUUUCUAUAUUUUCCGAUAUUUUUGUUCGGAAUUUCAUUAGCCGAUCCAAAAAUCUUAUAUCUGAAUAAAUUUUUCGCUGGAACUACUACUUAUAUAGCAAAUGUUGAGGGUUAUUCAGCAUUAUAUUUGUCUUCGAGUGAUGAUAUUCAAUUAUUGAAGAAUAUAACAAUCGAUAUCGGAGACUCAUUAACGUGAGUUUCUAAAGAGAAAAAGGAUGAACAUCUAGGAUUUUUUCAGAAGGCAAAAAAUUGUCUUUUUUUCUCAGAAAAAAUUCAGGAGACUUCUUUCUCCCUAGGGCUUUUCAUUUUAAAAAAUAUAUGAAAAUGAACGUUAAUAAGUUUACCAAACUGAUUUUCAUUCAACCCAGGUACAGGAAUUCAAGAGAAAAAAUAUAAGUAUUACAGCCUCGAUACUUUGGUAAAUCGAAAAAACGCCGAUGGUUCCCAAAAAGCCUUGACAAUCGGGAAUGUUCUCAGUUUCACAACAACCAACUCCGAUGCUAUAACUCAAAGGCUAACAGGAUUUAUCUAUGUCGCUUCUGCGAAACAAGCAGCCGAUCCAGAUUUUUCGGUAUAUGUGAUUGAUGGCAAAUACAAUAUCACCAAAUCAUCAAGUCUCUCAACAACUGUUAUUUUGAAUACAUACUACGGUUUGACUCCUGAAUACUAUGCACCAGAUAUGAAUAGUUAUGUUGAUAAUAUUCAACAAGAUAAAUCCGCUAAAAUAUGGCUAUAUUCUGAUAUUCCUUUCGACAAUUAUACUCAAAAACCAGCAUGGGGAACUUUUUUCUACAAUCCAUUAGUCUUUGAUAAUAUCGAUGAAAACAACAAUGCAUAUCAAACAGAACAGUAAAAUAAUUGCUUUUAGUUUUAAAAAAUAAUCAUGAAUAAUUACAGAUUCUUCGAUAAUAUCGAACCACUUCAAAUUUCCUAUGAUGCUUGGUAUAUUUUAUCCAACGGAAAAAUUAGCUUAACUAUUGAUAAAUACUGGGGUAAGAAUCAGAAAAGAAAUGACAAACUAGAAUAAGUAUCUUCAGAUAACUCACUGGAGGACAGUACAACGAGCAGAACUACAACUGGAUUGAUUAUUAAUCCACCUCUGGGACUAUUCGCAAAAACAAAAAUUUAUUUCCAACAUGAUGCGCACAACAACCGGACAACUGGAAUGUAUGCGACAUCGAAUGUUAAUUCACCCGUCGAUGUCACAUUCUAUUCAUCCCAAGCAACACUUUUUGCACAAUUCGUAGGUAAUAAACCUAUUAUAGGACUGCAAGAAUGGAGUCCAAAUGAUGCUACUAGUCUUUUUGUAAACUCUUCAUACUUGAUGCCUGGACAGUUUUCUGUUCAAUAUUUUGUUAUCGAUGGUUUAAGUGUUUACACAUUAACAUCUUCAAGUCCAUCAACAGUUCAAACUACUACACCAAAGUCGUCAGUAACAUCAACAAUUCAAACAACAACAAGUGACUCAUACCUACCUAAUUUUUCCUUGACAUUUUUGUGCUUGCUAUCAUAUUUGCUCACCGUUAUGUAUUUUUGAAACGUGGUUUUCUUAUAAUAAAAUUUUAUCAAUGCUUUUUUUGCUAUUAAAUACUCGAAACACUUCAAUAACAUUUAUUUAACUAUGAUUUUGUUCACACUUUUUGCUAUAUUUUCUCUAAUUGUAGCAGAUCCAAGAACUAUUGAUCUCUAUUCAGAAUCAAUAUAUACACGAAGUUUCCAAGUUGAAGUUGGAUCAAACUUAUUUUUAUCAUCAAAUGAUAAAGCAACAUUUCUAUCAAAAAUAACAUUGACAAAUGGAAAUACUGUGAAGCUGUGAGUUUUUUAACGACAGAGAAUUAAGGGAUAAAUUUAAAUAUUUAGAGCUAACACUUUGUUGAGUCAGUUUAAUAGUGAUGGAUCAAUGUUGGGAUGGACUAUGACUGAUUCUACAUUGACAAUCACUACCACUAAUGAUAAUAACACAAUCGUCAGUUUGACAGGAUUUAUCUAUAUUACAACAGCUUCACAAGCGAAUGAUGCAAAUUUCCAAGUGUUCAAAGUACAAUCGAAUGAUCAACCUUUGAAUAUCAAGAAAUCAUCAACAGCUGUAUUUCUAACUGUUCAACCAACUAGAAAUGAUUCCGCUCCCUCUUAUCAGCCAUUCAGAAAUAUACUCUUCACGAAUUUUGUGCAACAAAAUGUGAGCAAAAUUUCGUGGGAGCAGUACAAUCAAAAAUAUUUACAGACAACUAAUCUUCGAAUUUACAACGAAAUUCCUAAAGAAUAUUACAAAAACGACACUGCAACAAUGAAUCAAUUGAUCUUCAGAAAUCCAAUUGAUUUAACACCACUUAAUGACACACGUUCUUAUGUAUUUUUCGAUAAUGUUGAACCAAUUCAAUUCCCGUUGAGAUUCAUGUAUCUAACGGUUGAUGGUGAUGUUAGUUUCACUGUGUCAAACAGUUGGCAAGAUCAAAUUAUUUAUAAUACAACAGCUGUGACAACAACAGGAAUCAUCACAAAUCAUUUAUUCGAAGUUAACACAACAGUCAACUUCCAAAUAAAUCCAAAUAACAAUAGAACAGUGGGUCUCAUCGUAAGUGCUUAUUUUAUUUUAUUUUUAUCUGAAACUAAAUGUUCUAGGCAUUUUGUGAUGACUUAUGGGCUGGUUUGAACUACACGUACUCUUCUUCAACAUCGCAAUCAACAAUUUCAUUUUCAAAGGGAUCCAGUAUUAACAAUGUACUAUUCACAACAAAUCUUGCAGCUACUCAACUAUAUGGAGUUCCUCUAUCUAAUUCGGUUGGAAUAUUUUACAUGCAAUACUUUGGAAUUGAUGGAAUUCCAUUAUCAUCAACAAGUGCGCCUUCAACAAUUUCAACAACGCAAUCACCUCCUACAACUCCCACAAUCAGUCCAACAACUAGUUUAGUGACAAAGUCAACAUUUUCUUCAAUUUUAAUGUUUUUGUCAUUAUUAUUCUUGUGGAAUUGAUUUUAAUUCCAAUAUCAAAUGAAAGUUUUCCUUCAAAAAACAUAAACUAUGACGUGGAACUCCGAAUAAUUUAGAUAACGUAUUCAAAAAUCAACAAUCUCAGUAUCAGUACACAUGAACUCUGCGUGAUAGAAAAAAUGAAAUGAUGCCACACCCGAGAAAAUGUUCUGUUUAUUAGUUCUUAAUCAUGGUUUCACAGUUCUGAAGGCAGGCAAAAAUUCGAACAAUCAAUUUUAACAUUUGAAAAAACGACAAGUGAUUCAUCAUCGAGUGAUUUCUCGAAGAGUUCUAAAUUUUGAUACCAUAUUUGCUCACAGUGAUGUGUUCUGAAGCGGUUAUCUUUAUAACACAUUUUUAUCAAUAAAUUUUUGGUUAAAUACUCGAAACAUAUCAAUAAAAUAGUCCACUAUGAUUUUAUUCAUAAUUUUCGCUUCAUUCUCUGUUAUUUUGGCAGAUCCAAGAAUAAUCGAUCUUUACUCAUUAGGAGAUACACAAAGUGUUCAAGUUGAAGUUGGUUCAAAUUUAUAUUUAUCUUCGAAUGAUAAAGCAUUAACUCUAUCGAAAAUAACUUUGACAAAUGGAAAUAUAAAUAAAGCGUGAGUUAGUGUUGAAUUGUGAACAUCGAAGUGUAUAUUUGAUUUCAGAACGAACUCAUUGCUGAGUCAAUUUAACGCUGAUGGAUCAAUGUCAGGAUGGACUAUGACUGAUUCUACAUUGAAAAUUAUUAAUGCAAAUGAUGUAAACACAACUGGAACUUUGACAGGAUUUAUCUAUGUUACAACAGCUUCACAGGCGAAAGAUGAGAAUUUCCAAGUUUUCAAAGUUCAAUCUCAAAAUCAAACUUUGAACAUCAAAAAAUCGUCAACAGCUGUAUUUCUAACUAUUCUGCCAGACAGAAGUGCUUCGGCUCCAAUAUAUCAGACGUAUAGAAACACUCUCUUCUCAAACUUUGUGCAGAAAAAUGUGAGGAUUAACUAUUCGAGUUUAGAAAUCAAUUAAAUUUACAGACAACUAAACUUCGAAUUUAUAAUUACGUUCCUCGAGAAUAUUACAAAAACGACACUGCAACAAUAAAUCAAUUGAUCUUCAGAAAUCCAAUUGAUUUAACACCACUUGAUGACACACGUUCUUAUGUAUUUUUCGAUAAUGUUGAACCAAUUCAAUUCCCAAUGAGAUAUAUGUAUCUAACUGUUGAUGAUGAUGUUUCUUUCACUGUAUCAAAUAAUUAUCAAGAUCAAAUCAAUUAUACAACAACAGCCGUGACAACGACUGGACUUAUUGCAUAUCAUUUUUUUGAAUUCCAAACAACAGUAAACUUUCAAAUCAACCCAAACAAUAAUCGAACUGUUGGUAUUAUUGUAAGUAUUUAUCUUUUUUGUUUAUUUACAAAAAAAGAUGUUUAAGGGAUUUUUCGACAACCUAUGGGGUGGUUUGAACUACACAUUUUACUCUCCAACUUCACAAUCACAAAUUUCAUUUCCUAAUGGAACUGAUGUUUACAAUUUGUUAUAUACAACAAAUGUCGAAGCGACACAAUUGUAUGGAUAUCCUUCUCAAUUAACAGUCGGUGUAUUUUAUGUUCAAUAUUUUGGAAUUGAUGGAAUUCCAAAGCCAUCAACUAUUGCACCGCCUUCAACAAUUUCCACAACACAAUCAACUUCUACAAUAGUUACAACAACAAGUUUAGUGACAAAGUCAACAUUUUCUUGGGCACUAUUCUGUAUGUAUUUAUUAUUUUUGUGGAAUUAAUUUUUGAUAAACAAAACAUUUUCAAUAGUUGUAAGACGUAUAAGUUUACAGACGAAUAAUUAUUUUUUGGAAAAACGUGAACUAUGACGUGACAAUUUGGAAACAUUAGGUGGCAAACCCAAAAUUCAUCAACAAGCUUCACAGUUUUUUUUUCCAAAACAAUUCUUUAAAUGUCAAACCACGUCACUUUUCCGUUGAAAAUGUGCCCAAAAAAUUGUGACUCGAACAAAAAUCGAAGUUUGUAUCUACACUGAUAAAUUUCAACUAUAUAUUAUCACCUUUUUGCGACCAAAACUUUAUUUUACAAUGUUUUUUGAACGAUUUUUAUUGAUUUCGACAUUUUUUUCGAUAAUUUGGUCAGAUCCGAGAAAAUACUAUCUUCAACAAUUCGAUCCUGCUACUCCACAUUUGAUAACCGAUAUAGAAGUCGGUGCAAAAUUAUUUUUAUCUAGUAAAGAUUUCGUUGAACGUUUGCAGAAUAUUAAACUGAGGAGUGGAAAUGUGACAAUAACGUGAGUUCUCAUGAUUUAUCUACCUUCCAACAACGAUUUUUGAAGCGCUGACCAACUUUCGUCAAACAAAAACGCGGAUGGUUCUCAAAAAUGGCUAAUUGUUGAAAAAGAUGGGCUCACCAUUGAAUCAACAAAUUCCAAAAUCGAAACUCAAAGUUUGUACGGUGUGUUGUACUCAUCAACCGCCAGACAAGCAGCAGACCCUAAUUUCAUAGUUUUUGUUAUCAAGGACAAAAUUACUGUAGACAGAAAGAAUAAUCAAAACUCGACUAUAGUUUUAUUGGGUCCAAUUCAAGUUGCCGAUAUUUCUGCUCCAACCAGCAACGUUUAUAUUGAUAACAUCGAACAAUCAAAGGUUAGAAAAUUGCCUGAUAAAAGAACAUGAGCAUUUAUUCAGACUGCUUCGCUUAUUGCAUUUCGCAAUUUUCCAACAGAUGAUUAUCAAAACUUGGCAAACAAUUGCACAAUAUUCCGCAAUCCAUUAAAAUUCAGAUGGGACAAUAAUGCAACAACUGAAAUGUUCGUAACUGAACAUGAAAACUAGAAAAUCAAUUACCCAUUUUAGAUUUUUCUCAAAAACCGAUGAUCUUCAAUUUCCAAUAGAUGCAUUUUAUAUGAUAGUAAAUGGUGGAAUCAGUUUUCAAGCUAGCGACCAAUGGAAAGAUCGAACAGUUCUAACAUCCAGUGCUUUAACAACCACAGGUCUCAUUCUAAAUUCAGGGGAAGUUCCUUUCAGCAAAGUGACUUUUAUGAACAAUACAAACAAAUUACAAACAAUGGGAACAAUCAUAAAUGCAAAUGUAGAAUAUGACCUUCGUGUGAGCAUGAUCUUACAAAACUCUACAAUUUAUCAAGUGUGAGUUGGUCAGGAAAAAUUGAUUAUUCACAGUGGUUUUAGAUUCGAAAAGGGUCAUCCUGUAUAUAAUCAAAUCAAAUACGUUGAUUCACAUAUAAAUGCAUUGCUAGUGGACCCGCAAACUUCGGCGGUCUCUGAUUAUAGCGUUCAAUAUUUUUCCAUAGAUGGAAUGGCUUUUCCAAUUGAAUCAACUACAACAAUUCCAUCAACACAAACAUCAACAACUAAAUCUGAAACAGUAAUGACAACAAUGCAAACAUAUACAACGACAAGAGGUGCGGCUAAAUUGUCAUCAUUCAUAACAUUAAUUUUUCUUCUGAUUCAUUUUUAUGCAUAA